CUGGCCUCCAUUUCUCAGAUUUCCCUAGAAGCCAGAUUAGCAAUUAUUUGCCGUUCUCUUCAAACGAGUCCAUUUUUUUCUCGUCAGGCAGAAGUUGUAGUUCGAGCUCUGAUCCCGGUCAAUGCAAGCUGCCACACAGGGACUGCUGAUCAAUCUCUCGCCUCACAGAAUGCCGCCUCCAUGUUUCAUGCUGGCCGCCAUCAUGUUGCUAGUGGUAACGGCUGUUCCUGCGCUUGGGAACCCGGUUUCCGUUCCAGCCAUGCCAGACAAUCAAGUGCCGCUUGUCACAGCAAGGCCAAGUUGUAUGGUUCGUUGGAUUACCCAGUCCGGUGUGGAGCAGGAGAUGGCGGAGAAGUACGAGGGCAUCUUCAAGAGCAUUGGCAUGAGCGAAACCAAGCUGGUUGAGCUGGACACGGAUGUGCUGGCGUUCCUGAUGGGAAUGACCGACGCUCACGCCACUAUGCUCAAGUCCUGCCUUGACGGUACGAAUCCGUUAUGUGCUGGUGCGUUCGACCCGUGCAACACUGAGGGAGAGUGUGCGUUCAACACUGACAGUCGUUCAUACAUGUGUCAAUGCCAGCCAGGCAGAACGGGACACUAUUGCGAGGAUGAAAUUGAUGAGUGCGGCAGCGAGCCCUGUCAGAAUGGUGGACGCUGUGUGGACGCAUUCAACUCAUUCAGUUGCAACUGUUCAGUUGGCUACGAGGGAGAUCUGUGCCAGACACGCUGGCUCACACUUUCACGAUAUGAUCCAAUCCCAGAAACAUUGAUGCAGUUAUCGUACGCUCUCCAGUCUCUGAAUGCCAGCCUGGAGAAGGAAAAGGCCAAACAAGAAAUACAGUUGUUCAAACUGCAGUCUCUGAACGCCAGCUUGGAGGAGGAAAAAGCCAAAGGGAAAAGCCAAGAAAUCAAGUUGUUGAAACUGCAGUCUCUGAACGCCAGCCUGGAGGAGGAAAAAGCUAAAGUUAAAAGCCAAGGAAUCCAGUUGUUGAAACUGAAGGAGCAACAGAAAUGUAACCCUUCUGAGCUGGGAUUCGUCUACUCGACAGAUCGCACACAAUUCUUUGGCGCCCGUCAGGUUGCUAGGGCAACCAUCAAGAAGAAGCAAUCGUCAACUGUACUUCACAUCGCCUACACUACCAAUAUUCGCACAUACGGAAAAAGUCAAACACAAGCUCGAUGGUAUGCCCUUAUUGAUGGACGAGAAUGCAGCAGUCCAAACAAAGUGGACAUGGUGCAAAACCGUAACAAUAAUGCACCGGUGACUUACAGUCCAGCUCAUCUGGAGGGUAUAUGCAGAAGAAUCGGUUCUGGAAACAUCGCAGCUGGAUACCAUACUAUAACUAUCGACGCUGGACCACGUUAUCAACAUUUCGAUGCAUUAACUGGCUACGAUUCUACAUCCACACUGCAAGUUCGUGAAAUUUGUGCCUAGUAUGAUAUGCUACCGAUGAAUCAACCUCCUUUAUAUAUCAUGUGGAUAUUGUUUGGAAUACAUUCGACUCCUAGGCUAUGCUCAAAUAAUCGUUUCAAUGUUUUCUAUUGGUACAAUACAUUGUACAGCGUACA